AUGCUGCACGUUUUGGGCAGGUCGAAGGCAUCGUCGGACCGGGGAUCCUCGCUCGAGGUAACCAAAACACCCCAAGCUUGGCCAGAGGCCGUAUAUAAAAGGGGAGGGAUACCACCGUUCGAGAGAGCUUUCUCGACGACAGGCAAGACACCACAGCCCCAAGGACAGCAAGAGCAAUCUUCCAGGUGUGUGGGCAGCCUCGCCGCCCAAGUCUCCUCCCAGAGGCCAACACCGUUCACUAACCGUUCCGAACCACAGCCAAACGCCAAAGACCUUGCAACAACAACAGCCACCCUCCCAGCCAAGAUGCGCUUCUCCUCCGUCGCCGUCCUCCUGGCCGCCGCGCUGGCCUCGGCCGUCUCCACCGACGACGUGGUGGCCCCGUCCCUCCUGGGCGUCGAGGCCCGCGGCGCCGACGAGCCGGUGCUGGAGCGCGAGGUCAUGGACCUGGCGGGCAAGAUGGUCAAGCGGGCGUGCGACUACAGCGUCAACUGCAAGUGCGACUCGCGCGGCAAGCAGCUGACCGUGUGCGGCAACUGCCGCUGGAACAGCGGCUCCGGCCCCUACGUCGUCACCCGGAACAGGAAGCUCAACCACAUCUACGAGUGCUCCAAGGACGGCACCAAGUGCUGCUCCUACGGCCCCGCCAACGACUGCGGGACCAGCGGCGCUAGGUGCAUCAUCAACUAG